ACGUCCUUGAGGAGAAAACCUUAUUGUCGAAGAUGUCCGAGAAACCGGGCGUCCUAGAGCAGGCUUAUCGCCCUAGCCCUUAGGGAGCCUAGGCAACCUGCAGCAAGUUCCCAGGCCGCUACCGUAGCGAGACCCCUGUUUUCAAAAAAUAAAAAGUACCAAAUUUAAAAAGAGCGCGCUGGCGAGGUGACUCAGCGGAUAAAGGCGCCUGCGGCCAACCUGAGCUCGACCCCUGGCACCCACGUGGUGUAACGUGAAUCGACUCAGGCAAGUUGUCCUGACCGCCACACACGUGCUCCACGGCAUGUCCCCACCCCGUGAUGAAAUGUGAUUUUUAAAAAAGUUAAAAGUUCCCAGGGAAGGAAAAAAAAAAAAGACUGUAGCGUGAACAGCUCUAAAGAGGACAGCGAGGGGGAGAUGGCUCAGAGGUUAAGCGCACUGGCUGCUCGUCCAGAGGACCCGGGUUCAAUUUCCAGCACCCACAUGACCGCUCGCAACCAUUUGUAACUCCAGUUCCAGGGGAUCCGACACCCUCACACAGACACACAGGCAGGCAAAACACCAAUGCACAGAGAGUAAAAAAUUAAUAAUUUAAAAAUAGGACAGCUACCCCCAAGACACAGAAAUCAUUGCAGAAGCGGGGCCGCGAGAAGAUUUUAAGAGUGGAGAUCUGUAUCACAACAGUCCUUGCCAGACAUGGGAGUGGUUGACAGGGACUCACAGAGCCUGUGACUGUGACCCAGCAUGGAUGUGGGGAGAAGGACUAGAAGGUGAUGGCUGCUGGGGAGGGACAGUGGUUUUCGCUUGUUUGCUUGUUAAGGAAUUCCUCCAGAGACACUAGUUUCUGGGGAUCAAAUUCAGGUAAUCAGGCUUGGUCGUAAGAACCUUACCUGGUAAGCCAUCUUGCCAGCCCUAUAGCUUUCUUAACCAUAAACCUAGAAACAGGGUGUUUGGGGUCCUGUAUGUAUACACAUUAUCAUGGCGAUGUAUGUACCACUAUGCUCCUGGCUCCAGCCACCAAGCCGCCUUUCUCUUCCUAACACAGCCUGACGUCGUUUCUGUCUGUCGGCCCUUGACUUGCAGUUCCUCUACAACGGAACAGUCAUACUCCUGAACGCCCAUUGGGUUUCGACUUAAAUGUCACCUUAAAGAGGCUUUCUCUUACUGAAAUUCUCUUACUGAUUCAGUGUGAUGUUGUUGUUUGGUUUUUCAAGACAAGGUUUCUGUGUAGUCCUGGCUGUCCUGGAAUUUGUUCUGUAGACCAGGCUGGUCUACUCAUUCACAAAGAUCCACCUGCCUCCGCCUCCUGAGUGCUGGGGUGGGAUUAAAGGCAUGUGCACCAGCACUCCCAGGCUCAGUGUGAAUGUUUAAGGCCUGUUACCCCAGUAGCUAGAAACCUCGAUUGUCACUUUGUUCUCUUCUGUCCCUGUGCCUAAAAUAGCACUUGUUGGUUGGAAUUGUUUUUUGUUUUUGAGACAGGGUCUCUCUAUGUAGCUCUGGCUGUCCUGAAUCUUGGCUUCUAGACCAGCCUGUCCUCAGACUCAUAGAAAUCUGCCUGCUUCUGCCUCCUGUGCUGGGAUUGAAGGAGUGCGCAUCCCAAGAACAGCACAUUAUUAAAUAAAAUAGAUACACAUUUACAGAAAGAACAAACUGCAAGUGUGGUCUUUUCCCAGCUUACUCUGAGUACCCUUUGGCAUACAGACCCACUUUUCCCCUGACGCUUUCCUGAACUGGAAGCUCUUACACAUCCCAGAACACCUGAAGUCCACACCUCUGUGUCCAGCUACACCCUCACUUUCAAAACGGAUGACAUCCUCCUUUAGCACUCUUCCAGUUGGCAGAUUCUGUAGGGCAGGGCCUGCGCCUUUAAUCUGAGCCCCACCUGCUCUGGUCAGACAGGUUUGGAGACACAGGUCAGGGGAGGGAGACUGGGAAAUACUUGCUGAGCCAGCCCGGAGCUAGGCAGUUCCUUUCCGGGGAUCCUCCGCCUCUCCGCAGAUGUAAAGUAAGAGGGUAUGGUGGGUCCAAAGGGCAGGGGUAGGAGGGGCCCUAGAAGUGAACAAAGAGAAAGAGUCUGCCCACAAGCAGUGGACUGGAAGGUGGCCGGGAGGAAAACGCAGGAAGGCCUGGGAACAGCCGCACUAGAGCUGAAAGUCUGAGUGCAGCCCAGCCCGGCUGAGUUGGGUGAGCCUGGCAAGGGGGGCGUUUAGAAAAUGACUGGCUCCUGGAAUGGGGACUGAGGAACUGGGUAGCUGGCAACUGGUAUCAGCUGCCAAGAGAGUUCAGGCGGGCAUCUGCGGGGCAAAGGGCAAGUGGAAGGGUGAAGGGCAGUUUCUCUCUAGCAUGAUGCUGAGUUCCUCCCACUCCAAAGCCAGAGUGGCCAUGAGUCCGGGGGUUUUGGUGGAGAGAGUAGAAGGCUGGUGUGGGCGUAGGCUGAGGCCACAGCUGCCAGGGCUUGUGCCCCUGACUCAGCCCCGUCCUGCUGGAUGUGUUUCUCCAUUUCAGCCCUCCGCCGCCGCCGCCGCUGCCCUCUCUGUCUCAACUCGACCUUCCUCCACACUGUUCUCUCUAGAGUCCCAUGAGGCCGGCUGCUCUGGUGAGUUCCAGUCUGAGGAACUGUCCCGGGGCCAGAAGACAAGGUAUUUUCACAGAACUUACCCACUCCCUUUAGGAUGGUAUCACCUUGGGAUGGACCUCAGAACUGAAGCCUCCUCGCAAUGACAGAACCAGAACCAGAGACACUGGCCCUGCUGGAAAUGAAGGGGCCCGAGGGUCCAGAGAAGAGCCCACCACAGGCUUUGGUCCCCACCGGCCGGCAGCCAGAGGGAGAAGGUGGGACUGAGUCCCCUGGAGCCGAGUCUCUCACCGUGGCGUCUUCAGUUGGUUCUCCCAUAGUCAGAGAGGGGCCCGAGGAUGGUCCAGACAGCACUGUGAGUGAGGCCGCGACUUUGCCCUGGGGAACCGACCCCCAGGCCAGCGCCCCACUUCCGGACCCCCCAGGCUGGCGAGAUAUUGAACCAGAACCCUUAGAGUUGGAACCACUCACCAGGUCGGAGGACCCACUCAAAGACGAUGCCAACUUGCUCCUUGAGAAGACAGUGAGGGCCUUCGUGCCCAUCGACUUACAGUGUAUCGAGCGGAAGCCACAGGAGGAGCGCAUUGUGCAUCGGGAGGCCGGACAGGGCGAGCGCAGGAACUUCCUGCCGGCCCGACUCAGCCACCCCGAGCCUGCAGAGUGCAAGUGGGCUGAGGCAGUUGUGAGACCCCCUGGCCGGUCCUGUGGGGGCUGUGGGAGCUGUGGAGGCCGCGAGGCGCUGAGAGCCGUGGCCUCGGUGGUGGCUGCCCUCAUCUUCUUCCCCUGCCUGCUGUAUGGGGCAUAUGCCUUCCUGCCCUUCGAUGCUCCGAGGCUGCCCACCAUGAGCUCCCGCUUGAUCUACACCCUACGCUGUGGGGUCUUUGCCACCUUCCCCAUCGUGCUGGGGCUCCUGGUCUACGGGCUGAGUUUGCUGUGCUUCUCUGCCCUCCGGCCCUUCGGAGAGCCGCGGCGGGAAGUAGAGAUCCACCGGCAGUAUGUGGCCCAGUCCGUGCAACUCUUCAUCCUCUACUUCUUCAACCUGGCCGUCCUUUCCACCUAUCUGCCCCAGGACACCCUCAAGCUGCUCCCCCUGCUCACCGGCCUGUUCGCAAUAUCUCGGCUGAUCUACUGGUUGACGUUUGCGGUGGGCCGCUCCUUCCGAGGCUUUGGCUAUGGACUCACUUUCCUGCCGUUGUUGGCCAUGCUGAUGUGGAACCUCUACUACAUGUUCGUGGUGGAGCCGGAGCGCAUGCUCACUGCUUCUGAGAGCCGCUUGGACUACCCGGACCACGUUCGAUCCCUCUCUGACUACAGGCCACGCUCAUGGGGCUGAGCUGCUCUAGGGCUGUGCAGGGUCUUUCAGGCCUUCCCUGAACCAGUUGCAGGCCUGGCCUUUGCCCAGAUCCUGGACCUUCGAUGUGAGGAACCUUGCUACUGCCCCAUAGGGGCCCCAUCCAACGGGGCCCAGACACCCCAGUUCUCUCCUAGCUGUUGCGUUACCCCUGGAGCGCAAGAGCCUAGGGAGAGACUGGAGAAGCACGCUUCCUUCUUGGGCAGCCUCCCACCAUGCCACACUAAGGCUAAGGCUGGAUGGCUACCUCACUCCCCAGCUUCCUGUGGGCCAGAGGUACAGAGCCACAGCCCAACCCAAACUGUCCUUUGCCAGCUGUCUAGAUGAAAGGUCAAGGAGAUGGAAAAACUGCCUAAGCCCAAGAGUAGAGGUUGGUAUCACAUCAGAUAAGGGCUUCGAUAUCUUUGACAUUGGGUGAAAACCUUCCUAGGGGGCCUGGGUUCAAGGCCCUCUCUACCACUCGACUGGCUUCAAGGCUUUUUUGCCUCAGUCAAAACUAUUAUAGCUGUUGCCUUCCCUCUCCCAACCUGCAUGGGUCCCUGUAACCUUCCACUUUUCAAACUUCCAAGAAGUCCCAUUAUAAAAAAGGUGGGGUGCAGAGAUGAAACCUCCGAAAGAAGUGUGUGUGUAUGCACAUGUAGUGGCUGGGAUGGCAGAGAGACUGCCUGCCCACUUACAUGUGUGAGUAUGUAAUAAAUCACUGCCAGCC